UAGAAAACAAGGAGAAGGUCCCAGUAAAGAGAGAUUUUUUUUCCGCCUUCCCAGUAUCUGAUUCUCCACUACCUUCGCGCCUCCAUUACCCUUCGCCGUUCUCCCCUCUCUACUUUCUCUCGCCGGCAGGUCGUCGCUAGCUGGCUUGCUCGGGUCGCGGUACGACUGUCUAUCUCUCGCGUCUCUCUUCGAGGGGCAUUCGCUUCGUUCGAUCUGUCUUCAAGGGCUUGUUGAUUUGGCGGAAGGCCACGGUAAGUCUCCUCCGAGAUCCCGAAAUCGCGCUGCGUACUGUUUCGAAUUACUUCCUUUCUAGGGCAUCUAGGGUUAGCUUGAUCUGUGUGAUUCGAAUUGCGAAUCCCAUGGAGCUUGUCGAUUUGGGGAAGUUCCUUGGAAAUAGCUUUGGUCGGUUGCUUGCAGUUCUUUUCGAAAUCACUGCUUCUUUUCUGUCCCGUUUUCGAUUCGAUCUAGAUACUGCGCGGUACCCAUUGUGCACCUGAGGUUUUCGUCCUUGUUUUCCUAGGAUUUGAGAAUUUGUGAUACUGUACUAGGAUUCUCCCGUCCCUUCGGCGGUUUGAUUUUGCAUUAGGGAAACCCUAGUUUAUGUGUUCGUCUUGCUCUUCGUGGUUGAAUUGGGUUUAUGUUCCUGGGUGAGAGUUUGUCCUUUCCGUAGCCUAAAGGAGUUAUGGGGGUUGAACUGCGAUUACUUUUCUGGUGCUUUACUUGGGUUACCCCCUGCUAUUAUUGCAUUCAAACCUUCUGAUGUGGCGUUCUUUCGCCCAGCAGGUUUUCCAUACGUCCAUGAUGAUUUCAGUUUCCAGUGUCACGGCCCUUUUGGAGAUGGGCUCAUAAGGUGCAUGUAAUUGGGGAACCUUUGCUUUCUGCACCUGUGUUCCUGCAAUUGAUCAUCAUGGGAGCUGCUGAAACUGUUGUUACCAAGAAGAUUUUGAAGAUAAAAUUUUCCACCCCGAAGGUUGAAGUUGAUUCCGGGGCAAGUUCGUGUAGUGUUGCACAAAAGUUGUCUGCGGAUCUUUCUUCUCAUUCUCCGGUGUGUACAUCACAGAAUGAUAAAAUAGGUGUGUCUUGCUCUAAAAAGCGUGGCCCAUCAAUGGAUUUAGAUGGUCGUCUGUUUAAGAGGAGGAAAAUGGAUCGUACUGUAAAGCAGCAGUGCUUGGCUCUUCUGAAAGUUCUUACUGGGCAUCCAGAUGGUUGGGUUUUCUCUGAGCCAGUGGAUCCUGUCAAACUGAUGAUUCCUGAUUAUUUCACCGUUAUAUCCCAUCCUAUGGAUCUUGGGACCAUAAAGUCCAAAUUGUCUAAGAAUGCAUAUGCCAGCACUGAAGAAUUUGCAGCUGAUGUUAGAUUGACGUUUGACAAUGCUAUGCUGUAUAACCCACCAAGUAACCCUGUGCAUCAGCAGGCAUUGGAGCUUUGUGAAAUUUUUGUCACCAGAUGGGGUUUAUUAGAGGAUAAAUGGAGUUAUGAAAUGUCAAAAUAUGGAAAGGCGAAGUUACUGGGUGCGCAGGUUAAGGACAGCAACUGUAUGAAACUGAAUUGCCCCAGAACGCCGCCACCACGCAAUGCUAUUCUAUCUAGGAACUCAAAGCCAUCAAAAGAGAAGGCGGAAAGGGGCACUUUGGGUGCCCAGGUUAUUGAGGUUAAGAAUGCCGAAGCUGCUGAUAGCUGUGUGCAGAAGUCACACAAAGGUCCCGGACAUGCUCAUGGUCUUGUCAAUGCCAAACCACCAAUGAGGAUAGUGGUUCGCAAAUGUGUUACUUGUGGCAGGGGCCCUUGUGCAUGUAUCCUUCAGAUGAAUUCAGUUAAUGUGUUGUCAGAUGCAUCCAGCGAUGGAUCAUUUAGCAGAGAUCUCUCCCAAAGCACUGAUGCUAGAAGAAUGGACUGUCCGCCAGAUGUUAUCUCGACUUCCCAGAUGAGCAGGUCAGAUCCAGAUUCUGAUGGUACCGUGAGUGCGUCAGAUGAAGACAAUGUAUGCCCUAGUUCGCUGCUUGUAACACCUAUUACUGAUGCAACUUCUGGAGAAGAUUGGAGAUCUGAUGUAGUUGAAGCACACCAAAUGUCACCAAAAAGAGCCCUACGUGCUGCAAUAAUUAAGGAACGAUUUGCAUACACAAUUCUGAAGGCAAAGAAUAAAACACUUCUUGAUCAUGGUGAUAAGGCUGAAUCGAUAAAGAUGAAGCGGGAAAAGGAGAGAUUGGAAAGGAUGCACCAUGAAGAGAAAGCAAGAAUUGAGGCUCAGAUCAAAGAAGCUGAAGCUGCCUCCCAGAGGCAACAGGAGUUGGAAUUGAAGGAGCAAAGGCAACGGGAAAGAGAAGCCGCCCGGGUUGCAGUGCUGAAGGUUGAGAGAAGUGUUGAGAUUGAGGCGAGCCAAGAGGUAUUGAAAGAACUCGAAGAUCUAUCUGGGUGUAGGCUGCUGUUAGUCAGUCCAAGAGGGUGUGAGAAAGCUUUCAGAGGAAGAGAGGGUGGAGGAAGUGCGUUCGGAAGCCCCUUGAGCCCGCUGGAGCGAUUAGGUCUGUUCUUCAAGGACGAUGAGACCGACAAUGUCGAUGAGUUGUUAGAUGGAGAUGUCGAGGACGGCGAGCUGUUGCCUUGAAAAAACCCACAUCAGUUAAGCAAGUGCUUGUGUUCCAUGUUUUUCUUCUUCCUGAACUGCUGCCUGUUAAUAAUUAACCUUCGCAGAGAGGAAAGGGAUAUUUGGAUUGUAAAUGAGUAUAAUUUUGUAGACGUCAGUUAUAGAAUAGGUGUGGUUCUUUGUAGUGCGCACGAUUUGCUGUUGUUGUGGGCAACUGGGUUGAAGAAUUACUACGGUGUGAACUGUCUUGGUACGCUAAUAUAUUACUGGACGAUAA